CGGGCGCCGGGCACCGGGCGGGAGCCGGGCGCGGCGUGGCGGGGAAGAUGACCGCGGGCUCGGGCGUGCUUCUCGUCCUGCUCUGGCUCUCCGGCGCGCUCCGGGCCCAUAAUGGGGAUCUUACAGCCAGGGAGACCUGCAAGGCUGGAUUCUCUGAAGAAGAUUACACGGCAUUAAUCUCCCAAAACAUUCUGGAAGGAGAGAAGCUCCUCAAAGUCAAGUUCAGCAGCUGUUUGGGGACGAAGGGGACUCAGUAUGAGACCAACAGCAUGGACUUCAAAGUCGGGGCGGACGGAACGAUCUUCGCUGCCCGGGAGCUGCGGGUCCCCUCUGAGCAGGUGGCGUUCACUGUGACCGCGUGGGACCGCCAGACGGCCGAGCGGUGGGACGCCGUGGUGCGGCUGCUGGUGGCCCAGACCUCCUCGUCCGUGCACUCUGGACACAAGAAAGGAAAGAAGAGUACUGUUCUGGACCCUUCUCAGCCGCCGAACGACACCCUGUUGCCAUGGCCCCAGCGACAGAACUCCAACGGGUUGAGGAGACAGAAACGGGACUGGGUCAUCCCACCCAUCAACGUGCCAGAAAAUUCCCGUGGGCCUUUCCCCCAGCAGCUUGUGAGGAUCCGGUCCGACAAAGACAACGACAUUCCCAUCCGGUAUAGCGUCACGGGCGUGGGUGCCGACCAGCCCCCCAUGGAGGUCUUCAGCAUCGAUUCCAUGUCCGGCCGGAUGUACGUCACUCGGCCCAUGGACCGCGAGGAGCGAGCCUCCUAUCACCUCAGAGCCCACGCGGUGGACAUGAACGGAAACAAGGUGGAGAACCCCAUCGACCUGUACAUCUACGUCAUCGACAUGAACGACAACCGCCCCGAGUUCGCCAACCAGGUCUACAACGGCUCCGUGGACGAGGGCUCCAAGCCAGGCACCUAUGUGAUGACGGUCACAGCCAAUGAUGCUGACGACAGCACCACAGCCAACGGGAUGGUGAGGUACCGAAUCGUGACCCAGACCCCACAGAGCCCAUCCCAGAACAUGUUCACCAUCAACAGUGAGACAGGGGACAUCGUGACAGUGGCGGCUGGCCUGGACCGAGAGAAAGUUCAGCAGUACACAGUCAUCAUUCAGGCCACGGACAUGGAAGGAAACCUUAACUACGGCCUCUCAAACACAGCCACAGCCAUCGUCACGGUGACAGACGUGAACGACAACCCGCCAGAAUUCACCGCGAGCACGUAUGCAGGGGAAGUCCCCGAAAACCGGGUGGAAACGGUGGUCGCAAACCUCACCGUGAUGGACCGAGAUCAGCCCCACUCGCCAAACUGGAACGCCGUCUACCGUAUCAUCAGCGGGGACCCCUCGGGGCACUUCAGCAUCCGCACGGACCCUGUCACCAAUGAGGGCAUGGUCACCGUGGUGAAGGCGGUCGACUACGAGCUGAACAGAGCCUUCAUGCUGACCGUGAUGGUGUCCAACCAGGCGCCGCUGGCCAGUGGCAUCCAGAUGUCCUUCCAGUCCACCGCGGGGGUGACCAUCUCGGUCAUGGACAUCAACGAGGCCCCCUAUUUCCCCUCGAACCACAAGCUGAUCCGCCUGGAGGAGGGCGUGCCCCCCGGCACCGUGCUGACCACGUUCUCGGCCGUGGACCCUGACCGGUUCAUGCAGCAGGCCGUGCGAUACUCAAAGCUGUCGGACCCGGCGAACUGGCUGCACAUUAACAACACCAACGGUCAGAUCACCACGGCGGCCAUCCUUGACCGUGAGUCCCUCUACGUCAAAAACAACGUCUACGAGGCCACCUUCCUGGCGGCUGACAACGGGAUCCCCCCGGCCAGCGGCACCGGGACCCUCCAGAUCUAUCUCAUUGACAUCAAUGACAAUGCCCCCGAGCUGCUGCCCAAGGAGGCACAGAUCUGCGAGAAGCCCAGCCUGAACGCCAUCAACAUCACAGCAGCCGAUGCUGACAUUGACCCCAACAUCGGCCCCUACGUCUUCGAGCUGCCCUUCGUCCCGGCCACCGUGCGGAAGAACUGGACCAUCAGCCGCUUAAAUGGUGACUAUGCCCAGCUCAGCUUGCGUAUCAUGUACCUGGAAGCUGGCAUGUACGAUGUCCCCAUCAUCGUCACAGACUCUGGGAACCCUCCCCUGUCCAACAUGUCCAUCAUCAAAGUCAAGGUGUGCCCAUGUGAUGAGAACGGCGACUGUACCACCAUUGGUGCGGUGGCAGCAGCUGGUCUGGGCACCGGUGCCAUCGUGGCCAUCCUCAUCUGCAUCGUCAUCCUGCUGACCAUGGUCCUGCUGUUUGUCGUGUGGAUGAAACGGCGGGAGAAGGAGCGCCACACGAAGCAGUUGCUCAUUGACCCCGAGGACGACGUGCGUGACAACAUUCUCAAGUACGACGAGGAAGGGGGCGGCGAGGAGGACCAGGACUACGACCUCAGCCAACUGCAGCAGCCAGAGGCCAUGGAGCACGUGCUGAGCAAGGCCCCCGGGGUUCGGCGGGUGGACGAGCGGCCAGUGGGCGCCGAGCCCCAGUACCCGGUCAGGCCCGUGGUGCCCCAUCCAGGAGACAUCGGCGACUUCAUCAACGAGGGACUCCGGGCGGCUGACAAUGACCCCACAGCACCCCCCUACGACUCCCUGCUGGUCUUCGACUAUGAAGGGAGUGGCUCCACCGCGGGCUCCGUCAGCUCCCUGAACUCGUCCAGCUCCGGGGACCAAGACUACGAUUACCUGAACGACUGGGGGCCCAGGUUCAAGAAGUUGGCGGACAUGUACGGAGGCGGCGAGGAGGAUUAAUCGCCCUCACCUCCCUGGACCAAAGCGAGAACCGCGCUCGGACAGACGCCAGAGGAGCAGGACUGCAGGAGGCAGCUGGUCUUCCCGGCUCCCUGCGCACGUGUCCUUAGUGAUGUGUUAGGGGGUCCCUCCCCGCCCCAGCCCCCCCAACAUUGAGCUGUCUGGCAUGAACACUGCUCGCCCCGCGGCACCCCGCCCAUCACGGUAGCUGAGUCAGCAGUAAAGGGGAGCGAGAGGCACUCUGUCUUAACUUGAAUUUCUUAGAACAGAAGCACUGUUUUUAAAAAAAAAAAAAGAAAAAGAAAGUGCCUUUUGGUACGUGUAUCAGAUUCCUUCAAACUCAGGAGUGACCACAAGCAAGCAGACAGACAAGUCCCCAGCCCAGCGAGUCCCAGCUCUGAAGGCACCAAGUAAGGAACUGGGGAGAAUGUGUCUUUUUUUUUUUUUUUUUGGUCUUUUAUUAGGAAAAAAAGUGGGUGACUCGCUUGACAAAAUUUACAAGGAAAAUAUAGUUUGGGGUUCAAAUCCCAACAGCCUUUCUGAGCCCUCACACUUUGCUGUACGCAGUCAGGGUCUCCGGGCCCCCUGGAGCUCCCGAGGCCGGCUGGAGACGGGGAGGCCCAGCCUUCAGCUCCAGCAGCAGAAAGCUCCCCUGCGGCAGCCAGGCCGCUGACAAAAGGCGCCACCGUGUGAACGUGGCCGGCACCGAGUCUUUGCCGCCCCGACUCCCAGAUGCUGUAAAUAGCUGGGGCAGGUGGGGUUCCGAGGGGCCGUCCCUGAUGCUCCCCAUCUCUGCCUUGGCCAUCCCCCAGACCGCCCCAGUGAACCAGGAGGCCUCCCGCAGGGCCAACUGUCACCCCGAAUGCCACCCAGGUCCCAACUGCCUUCAGUACAGUAGAGUAUGGUGGCCCAAGAAGCCACAGCCCAAAACAGCCAGAGUCUCAGCAAACCCUGGCAUGAGCCGUCCGCCUCUCGCCAUCUGACUCCCGAGGGACCCCGUCAAAGGUCCAGCGCACACGCACACGUGCCAGUCCAAACCCCUGAGCGCUCUGAUGCCUCCAGCCGCCGACCCUGGGCUGUGCAGAAGCCAGGAGAGGUGAACCUCACUCACGGUUCCAGAGGCUUGGAAACCCUGCGAUCAGCGGGGGACUCUGGCAGCCUCUUUCCCCUGCCCUGCCUCUCCGGACUGGAGUUUCCAAUGCUCAUGAGCUGAUGUGGAUGGCACAGAUCUGCUCUGAAUGGCAGGGCAGGCCGUCCUUGCUGCGCUGUCGCCCACAGAUGCGUCUGGACCCCGCCUGCUAGAAACGAAAGCACUUCCCCUUUCCCUUGGACCAACAUCAGCACCGAGCUGCCGCUGGGCGGGUUCCUGCUCAGACUGUCAGAGUCGGAAGUGCCCUUUGGAUCGGCAGUCUACUCUCAAGCCAGACACCAGGGGGUCAGUUCCACAGGACAGCAAAAGGGGCUGUGUCCCAAGGACCCACAGGGGAGACCCCUGCUGCACCUGUUCACUGGGUGAGACAAGGAGCCUGGUGCGUUUCUCUCCCCAGGCUGUCUCCCAGGGACAGCCACUUGUGGGCACAAAGGCUCCUCUGGCCAGGGUAGGAGGCAGGCACCUCAGAGGGAAAUCUUCAUCUGCUCUUGGGCUCCCCAAGGAAGGGGGUGAAGGGCCCUGGGCAGGACUUGGCAUCGGAGCCCCCUUGGGGAGAGGAGUUCCAGCGCUGACCAAGGGCAAGGAGGCUGGCUCGCCUUGGAGCCCCACCGGGGACCCCUGCCCUCUACCUGCUCCCGGGGUCAGGGAAGGCCUCAAGAGAGCCUGGGGGAGGUGGGGGGGGAGGGGGCUGGGGUGCAGCGUGCUCUCCGUGUCUCCAUCAGGGGGUCCUUGAUCUAUUCCUCGGCCUAUGGCCUGUCCCUGUUGCUAUGGUCAUCCUCUUUUCUAAAAAGCUUUGGCCUCGAAGAUGAACUUGAGUGUGCACAAGUGUGUGCGAAGCGUGUGGGUGUGUCCCUGUUGGACGUCAGGGUUCUUCCCCAAACCAAACUCAUCACUGACUCUGUCCAUCUCCCAGAGCUGAGCUGGGGUCACAGGCUCCAGCAUGUGGCCUGUGGAGGGCUCUGUGCAUCCUAACCCUGUCCAGGGCUGCCUAGGGAGGGACAGAGGGACGGAUGGGCAGGAGAGGAGAGCGCCCGUGUCACAUGCUGGAUGCUCCCCCGGGGCAGACAGCCAUCUCACAGAUGUCAGGAGGGUGGCCUGCCAAGGGAAGGGGACCGGACCCCCAGUCGGAAGCCGUGCUAUGCAAAUCGUUUGGGCUCAGGUAGCCACGGAGAAUUGUCCCAGAGUCUAGGGUGAGGCCACUGAGGGACCACUGAUGGGGUCAGGCCUGGUGGAUGUGGCUCGAAUCUUCUGUUUUUGUUUGUUUUGGAAAGUUCAUCCUCCAUUCGAAGUGUGAAUAUGGUCUGGGAGCCAACCAUAUUCUGUGGACUCUCCUCUCUGAAAUCCCGAGGACUCCUUGGGUCCCCCAGGCCCUGGGCUCACCUCAGGGAUGGACGUGCCAGGCCCAGCCUAGGACUCGGCAUCCUGAGCACCAAUCCCGCCAACCACUCGGGUGACCGGGAGCCCUCGGCCUCACUCCACCCAGGAGAGCCAGGUGCUGAUGCCCGUCUCACCACCACCCUUGUCGCCUCUCCCCUCUCCCCUUGCUUCUCGUCACUGCCAAGACCCCGUUGCAUUUUGCCUAAAUCGUGCACGCUGAGGCUGUGGCAACCCGCCGGGGGGACAUCGAUGGGGCACUUCUCAUGCCCAUCUCUGCUUCCAAACAACCGGACAGCCGUCCCCUCUCACUCCCACCCCAGGCAUCCCCUGGGGGCCAGAGAAAGAUGGGGUUCCCACACCCUCCCAGAUGCAUCUUGGAACUCUGUUCCGAGGCCGAGUUAGCAUUAGCUAAGCGUACAAUCAGUGUCAAAUGUCCCUCUUCUGUAGCUUGUUAAUACGACCUGUCCACAACUCCGGGCCCGGCCGGCAGGGGCCCAGCCUCAGUGCUGGCAGACCGCUUGGGCACGGCCUCAUUUCUUUAGGGAAUUUUGUUCUGUGAACAGAGAAACCUGUGCCACAGAGUAGGGUGGCAAGAACGCCCCGACCCUGGUUGGCGGGCUCCCUAGCCGAGGGCUGCCACGUCCAUCAGCACCUCCUGGCCAAGCAGGUCGUCUCCUCAUGUCUGUCAGCACAUCCAAAGUGCAGGCCUCCCACCACCACAGCGUCAGGGGGACGGCCAAGUGCCAGGCCUCAGAGGGGCCUCAGUUUCCCUAGAAUGAGCACCGGCCGACACAGACGUUUGAGAUGACAACUCUGUUCUCUCCAAGGUCGAAAGUCGGGGGAGGGGAGCCUCAAUUUUUGUCAAUGAUAAAAGGAAUAACACCAAAAAACCCACGGAACCUCCCGUACACAGAGCAUCCUGUGCCACAGCUCGCAGCCCCGUGGUGUGCAGAGGACAGGCGCGGCCAAGCACAGAGCCGGGGGCCACCUCUGUGUAUAAUUGGAACGCCUUUUGCUUUUCCUUUCUCUCCUUUUUCCAUCCUGAUUUUUUUUUUUGCAUGUUUCUUUUUGAAAAUGGACAAAAUGUGUAGCAGCCCGCAUGACUGUGGUUGUUUUGGGGAAAGAUACUGGAGUAUGACGUAUUCACACUGCAACUCUGAGCAUUGCGCAGUUAGACAAACGUUCCCACUUCUUUUGUAAUCGUCAACAGCACAACUAUUUUGUAUUGUUGUUUGUAUCAUUUUGUACCAAAAAAAAAAGGGAAAAAAAAGGGAAGAGCGUCGAUGUUUUCAAUGUGUUUUUAGUGCCAGGCGGUCUUGGUUCCAAACUGCGCAGCAGCUUUGCGGAGUUACCGUGUCCUGAGCGGGGUCGGGGCAUUGGCACGCUGCUCCAGAGGAGUAAAUAAAGUCCCCUUUUAAAUA